UCUAUGAUUAGUGCCAUCCAUCAUCUACACAAUGCUUAAGGCUUAACAGUCUAUCACAGGUUCACCUGGAGAGGUAACAGUCAAUCACAGGUAACAGUCAAUCACAGGUUCACCUGGACAGGUAACAGUCAAUCACAGGUUCACCUGGACAGGUAACAGUCAAUCACAGGUAACAGUCAAUCACAGGUAACAGCCAAUCACAGGUAACAGUCAAUCACAGGUUCACCUGGACAGGUAACAGCCAAUCACAGGUAACAGUCAAUCACAGGUAACAGUCAAUCACAGGUUCACCUGGACAGGUAACAGUCAAUCACAGGUAACAGUCAAUCACAGGUUCACCUGGACAGGUAACAGUCAAUCACAGGUAACAGUCAAUCACAGGUUCACCUGGACAGGUAACAGUCAAUCACAGGUAACAGUCAAUCACAGGUAACAGUCAAUCACAGGUUCACCUGGACAGGUAACAGUCAAUCACAGGUAACAGUCAAUCACAGGUAACAGCCAAUCACAGGUAACAGUCAAUCACAGGUAACAGUCAAUCACAGGUUCACCUGGACAGGUAACAGCCAAUCACAGGUAACAGUCAAUCACAGGUAACAGUCAAUCGCAGGUUCACCUGGACAGGUAACAGCCAAUCACAGGUAACAGUCUAUCACAGGUUCACCUGGACAGGUAACAGUCAAUCACAGGUAACAGUCAAUCACAGGUAACAGUCAAUCACAGGUUCACCUGGACAGGUAACAGUCUAUCACAGGGCUACACAUAGAGACAGUCACACUCACAUUCACACCUACAGACAGUUUAGAAUCACCAGUUAACCUCAGCAUGUUUCUGGACUGUGGGAGGAAGCUGGAGAACCUGGAGAAAAGCCACACAUGUACAGGAGAACAUGGAGACUCCAUGUAGGAAGAUCCCAGGACGGCCGGGACAUGAACCGGGGAUCUUCUACCGCAAGGCGACAGUACUAACCACUGUCCAAUGUGCAGCCCCUAUAAAUAGUUCUUCUUCUAUAUUUAGUUCUUCUGUAUUAACUACUUCAUCUAUGUUCUGUUGGUGAUCUUCUACAUGUUCUCCUCUCAGACCUCCAGGUCAUCACGCCCAGAUGGAAGAGGCCAACGGUUUCUGUAUCUUCAACAGCGUAGCGAUUGCAGCUCGAUACGCUCAGAGGAAACAUGCAGUCAGCAGAGUGCUGAUCGUGGACUGGGAUGUCCAUCAUGGUCAGGGUAUCCAGUACCUGUUCCAGGAGGAUCCCAGUGUCCUAUACUUCAGUGUCCACAGGUAUGAACUCGGGUCUUUCUGGCCUCACCUGUCAGAGUCUGACAGCAAUUUUGUGGGCAGUGGACGAGCAAAAGGAAGAAACAUCAAUGUUCCCUGGAACAAGACGGAGAUGACUGAUGCUGAUUACAUCGCUGCUUUCUACCACGUCCUGCUGCCAGUGGCCUAUGAAUUCCAGCCUCAGCUCGUUCUGGUCUGUGCUGGAUUUGACGCUGCAGUUGGAGAUCCGAAGGGCGAGAUGUGUGUGAGUCCUCAGUGUUUCCAUGUUCUCACUCACAUGUUGAUGAGUUUGGCUGAGGGUCGACUGGUCCUCGCUCUGGAGGGAGGUUAUAACCUGCAGGCUACAGCAGAGGGCGCUGCAGCCUGUGUUGCAGCUCUGCUGGGCGGAGCUUGUCCUCAACUGAAUCCACACACUGCUCCGUCUGACAGCGCUCUGCAGUCCAUCUCUCAGACGGUCACGGCUCUGUAUCCACACUGGGCCUCCCUACAAGUCCAUGAAUGCAACCCAUUGGCGGAGGGACAUGUCAUCAGAGAAACUACCAAGGAGAUGGAUAAGAAGCCUGGUCUUGCUUCCUCUGUUGCUGUGGUAACAGGUCUGGUUUAUGAUGAGAGGAUGAUGGAACACUUGAACAUGUGGGACAGACAUCACCCUGAACAGCCUCAGAGAAUCUCUAAGAUCUUCUCCAAACAUCAGCAGCUGGGCUUAGUUGAUCGUUGCCGGCGGAUACCAGCCCGCUUGGCGACAGAGGAGGAACUGUCCAUGUGUCACAGCAUGCAGCACAUCAAGCAGAUGAAGGCCACGGCGGCCAUGAAGCCCAGAGAGCUGCACAAACUGGGGGACGAGUUCAACUCCAUCUACAUCAACAACCAGAGCUUCCAGUCUGCCCAGCUGGCUGCUGGGGGUUGCUUCAGCGCCGUGGACAGCAUCCUGGGAGGACAGGUGAGUAACGGCGUGGCCAUUGUCCGUCCACCUGGUCACCACGCUGAGACGGAUGCUCCCUGUGGGUUCUGUUUUUUCAACACAGCGGCACUCGCCGCUCGCUACGCCCAGAAAAUCUCCCAUGAUCCUCUGCUGCGAGUCCUGAUCCUGGACUGGGACGUUCACCAUGGCAACGGGACUCAGCACAUGUUUGAGGACGAUGACAGCGUUCUGUACGUUUCCCUCCAUCGCUACGACAAUGCUACUUUCUUCCCGUCUUCAGAGGAUGCCGCUGUUGACAGGGUGGGUGUGGCUAAGGGGGCGGGGUUUAAUGUCAACGUGGCAUGGAGUGGAGGGCGGAUGGGCGAUUCCGACUAUCUGGCUGCUUUCCACCACAUUGUCAUGCCGAUUGCUACCGAGUUUGACCCCGGUCUGGUUCUGGUGUCGGCUGGGUUUGAUGCUGCUCGGGGCGACCCGUUGGGUGGAUAUCUUGUGACCCCAGAGGGAUACGCCCACCUCACACACAUGCUGAUGUCACUGGCCGGAGGGCGUCUCCUGCUCAUCCUGGAGGGAGGCUAUAACUUGUCGUCCAUCUCGGACUCCAUGACGAUGUGCACCAGUGUGUUGCUUGGAGACCCUCCUCCAUCUUUAGCACGGCCCCUCCUCCCUCCUCACCGCAGCGCCGUGGCAACGAUCAACGAGGUCAUCCGUCAUCACGCUCCCUACUGGAGGACCCUGAAGAUACACAUUCCACAGUCGGUGCUAGCCGCUCUGCCGUCCCCAAAGCAUCGUGGGAAACGUAGUUCGAAAGGAACCAGCAGGAAGUCGGAGCAGAACGCCGCCAACAGACCGCCGUCUGCAGACGCCAUGGUAACACACGGAGCUUCCCAUCAGAGAACAGGUGACCCCGUAAGUGUGGCUGUUUUGUCCAAUCAGGCGCAGUGCAGUCUGGAGCAGCUCACGCAGGGAUUAGCCUGUUUGGACAUCAGUCAGAUCUCAGCUACGUCCACGCCGGUGGGCGGGGCCAGGCCAAAGGUCCGCUUGAGCCCGGAAGGGGAGCCUGGUGAUGUCACACCUGAGCUCAGCCAAUCAGCAGAGCUACCUCAGAAGAUCACCGUGACAACGCCACAGUUAGUCGCUGCUGGAGACAAAGCUGCAGAAGGAGAGGGGGCGGAGCCAGAGACAGAGGGAGCUUGUGGUUGGUCGAAGCCUCAGACAUCUCUGGAGCUGUCCACUCUGUAUGUGGUCGACCCCCUGCCGUGGUGUCCUCACCUGGACGCCGUGAAGCCCCUCCCACCUUCAGGUGUGGAUGUCCUCCUGCCGUGUGAGGACUGCGGCUCUGAUGCUGAGAACUGGAUCUGUCUCACCUGUUACCAGGUGUUCUGUGGUCGCUACGUCAACGAGCACAUGGUGUCUCACGGCGUCGUCUCCCAACACCCAAUGGUGCUGAGCUUCUCUGAUCUGUCAGUGUGGUGCUACCUGUGUGAGGCGUACGUCCACAACCAGAUCCUGUUGGAGGCUAAAAACGCUGCUCACUGUGCCAAGUUUGGAGAAGAGAUUCCAACGUGGAGCUGAAGCCUCGCCGUCUCCACGGUGAUAGAUGGUUCAGGGCGUUGCCAUGGAUACCAGCAUCAGCGGUGCUUCGUGGGAAAUCCAGCGACGUCGUACGCCGUCCCACAGCUGCCAAAACACUCCUGUUAAAAACCGGUCUUUAUCUCCUCAUCAUCAGUUUGACAGAAAAUGUGACGAAUCACCAGCAGAAGGACAACAAACAAACAAACAACAACAACAACAACAACAAAUGCUGCUGUCUGUGUUUAACGUGAAGAAACAAACUGAAUUUUCAUUUUCCUGAAACGAGGCUUAAAACUCCACAUUUGUGUGGAACAAACAAAAAGAGAAUUUUAUAGAAGUUGAAACAUUUUUAAAACUUGUUCUCCAAUAAUAAAAUCCUGCAGCGAUCAGUUGAUCAGCAGGAAGCAGGUUUAUUGAUCGUCCUUAUGUUGGUUCUGAAAUGUUGAAGAGCUGAUUCCAUCCAAUAAAUCAUUGAUUGAUUGGUGUUGGUAUUGAUUAAAGGAGCUCGGUGCCAUAAGA